AUGGCUUCCGAAAACUUGAAUGGCAGUGAGCUUCUCGCCGGGUCGUUGUUCAAUGUCAACGGCCUCGUUGCGCUAGUUACAGGCGGAGGUUCAGGCAUUGGACUCAUGAUCACCAAAGUCCUUGUUCAAAAUGGUGCCACGGUUUACAUCGCAGGCCGAAGAAAGCACAUGUUGGACGAGGUGGCCAACUCACUUGGCCCAAAUGUGAUUCCAGUGCAAUGCGAUGUCACCUCCAAGUCGGCACUUCAAGAGGCCGCCUCAUUUAUCGAGAAAGAUACCGGAUAUCUCAACCUCUUGGUCUGCAACUCUGGCAUCGGUGGCCCUCAGGUCAAGCAAGUUACAGCCGAGACCAGCCUGGAAGAAUGGGCAAAGGGCAACUUCGACAUUGACUAUGACGCUUACGUGAAUACCUUUGCGGUCAACACAGCCUCAGUGUGGUAUACGACUAUGGCCUUCCUUGGACUCCUCGGCAAGGGAAAUGAACAGAAAAAUGUGGAUCAGACGUCGCAGGUCAUCAUCACGAGCUCAAUUGCCGGAUACAACAAAAAGGCCCCUGGAGGUUGGGCCUAUGGCCAAUCCAAGGCCGCAGCCAUCCUGGCGGCCAAGCAACUUGCGGUGACUCUCCCACAGUGGGGAAUUCGGACAAAUUGCAUCGCUCCUGGAUUGUUCCCGAGCGAGAUGUCCGAGCCAAUCGUAAAGCUCUACUCCGAUGCUUCAGGCCAGCCAGGUGCCGUUCCGAGCGAGAUGGUCCCACUGCAGAGGAUGGGAGACGAGAAGGACAUGGGAGGCACGCUCCUGUACCUUGCAUCUCGCGCUGGGGCAUACACCAACGGCGCCGUUAUAGUGGUCGACGGUGGUCGUCUGGGCAAUUUCCCUGCGGCCAAUUGA